AAUAUUUUGGCUCUAGUCUAAUAUUUCAGGUUGAGAAGUCUCCUUCCCCCUUCUCUACUUUUUACCCCCGCUCCCCUUUGGCUCCCCCAAUGUCUUUAAGCUUUUAAGCCCUUCAUAUAAACCACAAAACCCUGCACUCUCUAAUCUCAGCUCCCCAACAAAACCCAAAACCACAACAAAAAAUAAAAAGAGAUGUCUCAGCAUUCCUCUCCAUUCCCCUCUUGCUUUCGCCCCUCCAAUAAUGAAACCCACAAAUCUCUACCGCCGCCGCCGCCCCCACCACCCACCUCAGGCAACCCCAACCUCACCACCUGCCUCUACCACACUGCCCUUGGCCUUUUCUCUCUAACCUGGUCUCGCUCUCUCCUUGGCCGCUCUCUUCACCUUAAUCUCCUCCCCCGUCAUCACCACAUAUUCGACUCUCCUCCUGUUUCUUCUUCUUCUUCUUCUCCUUCUUCCCAAUACACUUUCCACCUCCACAUCAAACCCCUUAUUUUCUGGAAAAAGCAUGGAUCCAAAAGGCUCAACGCCAACACUCAAAUUUUUUGGGACCUUACCAGAGCCAAGUUCGGGUCUGGACCUGAACCCCAAUCCAAGUUCUACAUAGCCGUAGUUGUUGACAAUGAAAUUACCCUUCUCGUUGGAGACUCCACCAAAGAAGCCUAUGCCAAAACCAAAGCCCAAAGGCCUAAAAGUAACCAAGUUCUUGUCUUGAAAAGAGAGCAUGUCUUUGCCAACAAAAUCUACACCACGAGAGCAAGAUUUGGAGGCAAAACCAGGGAAAUACAAAUAGAUUGCGGGUACAAUGAUGACACCAGGCUCAGUUUCAGCGUGGAUAACAAAAGGGUCUUGCAGAUAAAGCGCCUAAAGUGGAAAUUCAGAGGCAAUGAGAGAAUUGAAAUUGAUGGGGUGCCUGUACAGAUCUCAUGGGACGUGUACAACUGGUUGUUCGAGAAAGACAACGAUGAUAGACACGCGGUUUUCAUGUUCAGGUUUGAAGGAGAUGAAGAUAGAGAAAAGGAAGCGAAUUCUUCUUCGGGUGAGAAAAAUGGGAUGGCUUUGUGGACACAACAGAGCUGGAGCUAUGGCUUGAGUGGGAUUGAAUGGAGAAAGAUGAGGAAAAGCUUGUCAUCGUCUUCGACUUCUAUGUGGUCUUCGGCAGGGUCUUCUGGUGGAAGCUCUGUAAUGGAAUGGGCCAGCACAGAGGAGAGUGAAUUGGACGGCCCAUCUGGGUUUUCAUUGCUGGUUUAUGCUUGGAAGAGAUGAAAAAGCUGUGAAGAAAAGGUUUUGGCUGGAUUAUCUUUCACAAAUUUGGUAUUGUUUAAUUGAUUAGUUUGUCUUCACUAACUCAUUUGUUCAUGAACAUAGAAGAAUAAAGCAAUUUACAAGAUAAUAUAUAUAUGGAUUUCAUUUAUACAUACGUAGCUAGAUCUAACAACUUCUUUUAAAGAGUACUGAAAUGAAUGCUUUUCUCUUUCUUGUGGAAUUUAUUGUUCUUGGAUCAUUAGUACAAGAAUGUAUUUGUUUAUUUUUGGUUAUGAUUUUGGUGUAAAUUAAGUUGUCAAGCAUAUUGAUAAAUGCAAAGCAGAAGUGAUUGGCUAUAA